AUGAAUCAAUUAUGUAAGAAAUUCAUUCCGUUGGAUAUUGCUUGUAAAAAGGCUUUUAUGGGAUCUUUAACGUAUGAAGAAUUUAUCACGUUACCCUUGUUCAUACAGCAACACCGAUCGUUGCACAAGAAUUUAUUGUGCCAACAUCCAAAGAAGGUUUCCUUUCUAUUAUUCCCGAAUCGUAUGACCACCAAUACUACAACAACGGAUCAUCAUCACUUUGAAAUUCUCUCCAACAAUGAUGAUAUGAAGAAUUAUUGCUUGAAUUAUGCUCUCGUUUCUGCCUUUUAUCAAAACAACAAGUAUUUAAGUAAUAGUUGGCAUGGUUUCCAUAACUUGAUGAGUCUGAAAGGAGUCUUUCCUCAUACUCAAAAAUUGGUGUCUGAUUUGGCAAAAAGUAUAGAUCCACGUUUGCUUUUCAAUUCUUCCUUUCGAAAGUUUUUCGUCGAGUUGGCUGAAGUAUUGGCAAAUAUAAGAUCAACCUUCCAAAACGAGAAGGAAUUAUUAUCGUACUUUUCAAUGGCAUCGUCAUCUUCGGUGAAUGUAGAGUAUGCCAAAUGCUGGUUUUUUUCAAUGCCUGUCCUCAUGCAAACAAGUACUUCAUCAAGUCUUAAACACAUUCAACAAUAUUCACAAUAUUUGGAUGAGGAUGAUAAGAAGAAUGAAUUUCUAUGCACUUGGAUGAUUCGACACCAUAAAAUGUAUGACAUUAUUCAAAUGUCUGGUCAGAACCAAAGUCGAGUGGUCUUGAGAAGGUGGAUUUCUCAUAAUCCAACUCUAUUUUCCUCACUCCCAAAAUGGAUUCAACAUGACAAGUUGGUUGCUUUAGAAGCUGUCAAGGAAAACCCAGACCUCAUUUAUCCAAUCCUUAAUACCGAGUUGAAGCAAGAUGUGUCUAUCAUGAGUGUCAUGCUCAAAUAUACACCUUUCUCAAAAUUUCUGCAAAUGGCAAGAUCAGUAGACGGUAUUAGGGACAAAGUUGUGUCGAAUAAGGACUUGUUGAUUGAAGUUUUUUCGAAAGGACACGAAGCCAACUAUGGGUUACUUGAAUUUGCGCCUCCAAAUAUUAAGAAUGAUAAGCGAAUGAUUAUGGCAUGUUUAGAAAGAUUCUACACCAAGUAUCAAUCUCUCUCUGAUAUGAUGAAAACCACACAGCAUCACAUUUCAGAAAUCAGUAACGAGUGUAACAAACUUGAAUCGUUCUAUCAUGCCAAGAAUAACCAUGUACUUUUUGAUCGAGAAGUGGUGGAGACAUGGUUGAAAAUAACAUUUCCCAAAUAUCUGAAAGGAGCUAAUUUUGAAAAAUUUGGAAAUGACAAGCAAUUAAUCAUGAGAGCCAUCGCUUUGGGUGAAUACUCCAUCAUGCCAUACCUCUCUCAAAACAUGCAGCAAGAUUUUGAGAUUGUCAAAUAUAUUGUGGAGAAAAAUCCGAAAUUAUUUCCAGUAGUGUCACCAUUAGUGCGAUCAGACAUUGAUUGUGUUAGAAAAGCCAUUCACACACAUGUUGAUUACUUUGAACUAGCUUGUGAAAAAAUUAGAAGUAACAAAGAAUUCAUUUGGCAAUAUGUUAAGGAAAAGAAAAGAGCAGAUAUUUUGAAAUUUUGUCAUGAAACAGUUUUCAAAGAUACACAAUUGCUAAAGAAUAUAUUCUUGUUAGUGCAUGAAACAGAUUCCAGCGCCUCCAUUGGUUCAAGGAGGUCCUCAUUCUUGAAUGAUUUUCCUGACCAUGUGUUCACAAAAUUAGAAUUUUUAUCGUUUAUCAUUGAGAAGGAUGUUUCUUUUACUCAAAAAGUGUCACCAUCCCUCAAUCAUGAAUUAUUGAUGAAAUUAUUCCUGGAAGUAUUUGCAAAUAUUGAAACUUCAGAUUGUUUGAGCAUGGUACAACAAUUUUGGCAAUAUUUACCUAGUACUUUGAGAAGCAAAUCGUUUUUCAUGGAAUUUAUGCAACAUCAUCCUCAAUUAAUCAUUGGAUGUCCUUUCAGUAAUGACAAGGAUAUUUGCUCUGUUGCAAUCAAAGCAGAUGAAAAAUUUGUAAUCUUCGCUUCUAUCGAGUUAAUCAUGAAUGAUGAAAAUUGGUUAUUGGCAUGUCACAAAAAUUGGAAAUCAAAGCUUGCUGCAGUGUAUAACAAAUCUGUGGGUGAAGAGUUAAAGCUAUUGUUGAAUUUUUCGUCAUUGACGACCUUUUAUAGAAAUAAGCCAACCUCGACAACGCUUUCAGAAAACACAGACAAACACGAGGAUACAUUGCUUACAUCCAAAACUCCAAAAAAAAGCCUUAGCAAGAGUAUUUCAGGAAUUUUGAAUUUUGGAAUAUCAAGCAAUGAGAAAUGA